GUCGUUGAGUACUCUCCUCCUUCCUCCAUGAGGGACGAAGCUGAUUUCCAUCCAAUAUUACCUACAUUGCCUGCCAUGGUUUAUAUUAGUUGCAGAAGCAAGUUUGGGCAUCAAUGAUGACUCUUUCCAGAAGUUUGGUAUGGACCAUAAUUUUAAAGGAAAAAGAUUCAUAAUUCACUAGGAGGUUAGGUGACUUGUUUUUCCAUUGUGGGUUAGACGACCAUUGGCCAGAGGAAAUGGAACUUGCAUUAGUCGGAAAUUCAGGAAAUUUCUGUGCUCUCUCCAAAGCCUUGGAUAUUGCCGAAGGGAGUUGGAACUGGCUUUGCCUUGACGAUGCUUUCCCUCCAAAGGGCUGUCGUUAUUUUACACCUAAAAUAUCAAAGACUCUGUGCAAUUUAGUCUCCAUCCGCUGCAGGAACUGUUUGACUUGUCUCACGUUUUGAAUGGCAGUUACACCCGCCCUUUGCGUCUCUUCUUCUUCUUCUUCUUCUUCAUCUUCUUCUUCAUACUACAGUCUUUGUUCGUAUCCCAUCUAACUUUCAACGUAACCACCAUUUAGGUAAUUACAUCUAUUUCGCUCUCUCUCUCUGUCUGGCUCUGAGUUAAUCAUCACUCGCUCGCUCGCUCGAUCGCUUACUCACAGUUAAGCGCAGUGUCGACUCCGAAUUGCCAAGAGAACAAUUGUGUCCCUAUAAUAUGGAUGGCUAAAGGCUACCCUUUCUCUUCUCUUUCUCAUGAGACAUGCUCUUCUUCUCUUCCCGUCCUAACCGCAUGGCUGCGGCCACCACCACUCUGAUACAUAAAGUCUCCGUUCAGUGGUAUCUCAGAUCGAAAGGCAAGUCCAUGUUUGCUUACCAUUAGUGUUUGUGACCAAUUACGGAUACUUAUCUGCCAGCCAGCCAGCCAUGACAAGGUGCGGCAGAUGCUGCUUGCACUACUCAAUGAAGAUAGUCAACCUCGUUAUGAAUUUUCUUGGGAUUGCCAUUAUUGUCUACUCCCUCUGGCUCCAAAAGAAGUGGGAUGAUGGUUUUGCUGAACUGCCGUCUCACUCAUCUCUUCCCAAACCAUGGUUUAUCUAUACAUGUUUAGGUGUGGGAAUUGCUGUCUGCUUGAGCACGCUGUUCAGUUAUAUGGUCUCUAAUUAUAUCAACAAUUCCAUUCUUUGCAUAUACAUUUUCAGCAUCUCCUCCCUUCUUUUUCUGGAAGUUGCUGUGAUUGUCACAAUUUUCUUCAAGCAUGACUGGAGUUUGCUAAUAUCUAAAUACAUUGAUGAGAGCCAUGCAGAUUUCAAGACUUUUAUUAUCUUCCAUGAGAAGAUGUGUCAGCUGAUUGCUCUCAUGAUUUUAGUGCCACAGGUCAGUGUCAUUGCUUUAGCAAUAAUCCUGUGGACUGUUGGCAUUGAGAGAAUGGCCGGGACCCGGCAUUUAGAAAUACCCGAUUUCACCAGGUCCUUUCUGGUGGGAACAGAGUCUGCUGACGAUUCUCUGUUCCAUAACGUACCUCCAGCUCCUGAUAUUCCAGUCUACGCGACAACAGUCGCUUACAAUAAGGACACCAGCACAAACAAGCUGCACUUGGGGAUUGGUGUUUAUCGAACAGAGGACGGAAAAUCUCAUACGCUGAACGUUGUUAGACAAGUGGAGCAGACACUAGCUAAUGACCUGUCUGCUGAUAAGGAGUACCUUCCCAUAACAGGAAUGGCAGAAUUUAAUAGAUUAAGUGCUGAACUCGUAUUUGGUUCUGGCAGCCCUGCCAUUAAGGAAAGUAGAGUGACUACUGUCCAGUGUGUGUCUGGUUGUGGCUCACUGAGGCUCGGGGCUGAAUUUUUAGCAAAACAUUACCCCCAACUUGUGGUUUACCUUCCUGAGCCAACAUAUGGAAAUCAUCCAAAUUUGUUAUCUGCAGCAGGACUAGCUUUGAAGACUUACCGUUAUUAUGAUCCAAAAACACGUGGGCUAGAUUUUCAAGGCCUUUUGGAAGAUCUUGGCUCUGCCUUAACUGGAGCCAUUGUGCUCUUCCAAGCAAGUGGUCAUAAUCCUACUGGUGUUGAUCCAACUUGUCAGCAGUGGGAACAGAUCAGGCAGUUAGUGAGACUGAGAGGCUUAUUACCUUUUUUUGAUUGUGCUUAUCAGGGUUUGGUAAGUGGAAGUCUAGAUGCUGAUGCACAGUCCAUUCGGAUGUUUGUUUGUGAUGGUGGUGAAAGCCUUGUAGCUCAAUCAUAUUCAAAAACCAUGGGACUAUAUGGGGAACGCAUUGGUUCGCUUAGCAUUGUUUGCAAGACAGCGGAUGUGGCAAAGCGGGUUGAGAGCCAGCUCAGGCUUGUGAUCAGGCCCUUUUAUUCAAACCCACCCAUUCAUGGUGCAGCCAUAGUUACUGCCAUUCUGAAGGAUAGGGACUUGUACAACGAAUGGACUAGUGAACUGAAAGCAAUGAGUGAUCGUCUUGCCAAAGUACGACAGCAACUCUAUGAUGCUUUAUACAACAGAGGGACUCCAGGGGAUUGGAGCCAUAUUCUUAGGCAGGUCGGAAUGUAUACCUUCACUGGAUUGAAUGAAGAGCAAGUCGGCUUCAUGACUAAAGAAUACCAUAUCUACAUGUCAGCUGAUGGGAGGAUCAACAUGGGAGGCCUAAGCUCAAAAGCAGUUCCACAUCUUGCAGAUGCAAUACAUGCUGCAGUUACUCGUAUCAUCUAAAACCUAUCCCUGAGCUCUCUUAUCUUCCCCAGCUUCCAUCCGAUAGAAGCCUGGACGGUAGCCUAUAGCCUGCACAUGCUACUUGAUCCUUCAAGCUGCUCACAAGAGGACAUUCUGAACAAUUUAUUUGAACAUGUCUAAUGUUUUUCCAAUCUAUUAUUGAACAACUGAACUGAAUUUUGCAUACAUAUGAGGGUUUCCCCAUCUUUUUCGUAACGCAGAAAGUUGGGUUUCUGAAGGGAUGGAAACGUAGGAUACGUGUUACAAACAAAUAAGAAAAGUCGUGACACUGACCAUUUAUCCUCGUAGAAGGCGUUGAACAAAACUCUGCCUUGGCAAACGUGCCAGGAACCCAACUGGUCUAUCAC